AAAUCAAACUCCACUCGGCGAAGAAGAAAAGGAAGCGGGCAAUGCAGGCGGCGCCAAUGUAUGCGCUGUGGAGCACCGUGCACGGGUGGUUCACCCCAUGGGUGCUGUUCCUCGUGCUCAACCUCGUCAUCGCCACCAUAUUCGUCACCUCCAUGGCCACGUCCUCGGCGGGGAGCGGAGAAGGGGUUCCGGCCGGGCCUGUCGGCGAGAGGAGGAGACUGUCCCGCGUGGAUUCAGUUGCAAUCGACCGGCCCCACUUCAGCGCUCCUGCCCCUGAGGCCCCGAUGACCGGAGUACUGGAUCUGGGACACCCCAACGAGCAACCGCCGCCGCUCGAGAUGGAGGCAGAGGAUGAGGGUGAGCACGACGCGUUUACAAAUGAGGACGAGCACGAAGAGCACGUGCACAUGGAGAGGGGCAUGUCAGAGACAGCGGUCGAGGCCGAGCUGCCGCGGCUGCCGACGUGGCUGCCCAAGUCAGCGAGCGACAAGUCGGCGUUCGCGCACUUCGUGGACGGGGUGGACACCGAGGUGGUGGAGGCGCACAGGCCCGCGACGACGAGGGAUGCGGAGCGCCGCCGCCCCCAGGUGGCAGAACCGGAGGAGCCGGCGUCGGAGGUGGAGAUCAAGGAGGCCGGUGGGGAGGUGGAUGCGCGCGCUGACGAAUUCAUCAACAAGUUCCACCACCAACUGAAGAUGCAGCGCAUGGACUCAUUUAUGCGCUCCCGGAAUACGCUCCACCGCCGCCGGGCGACCGUGGUGCCAGAGGCGCGGUAGGUUGGUGUCUUCCGCGGCCGUAGGUGCUCCGUGAUGCUCCACAGAGCUUCCCGCCUUAGCCUAGUGGAUGGAUCAUGGAUGGAUAGAUCAUUAGGUCUAAUAAACCUAACAAAACCUGGCUUUCGAAUCUUGGGAAAAUCUAACUAGAAGCGCCGCACAGCGAAUUUUUCAUGCGGCGGGUGCAAUGCAUGGACACUCUGUCUCGCAUGUAUUGUACUUCUGCAUGUGUCGUUAUCGUGCUACAGUAUUUUUACUAAUCACCACAAAAGUCACACGAGCACAUGCGAUCAGUGUGCUAGAGUGCUCAAAUUGUUUGGACAUGCAGCGACAAACCUUCUUUCUUUACCAGGCAUGCAUGUAAUAAUGUCAGCUAGAUUCCCUUCAAUGUUU